GGGGCCGCCGGAGACAUGUCCAGGAGGAAGCAGAGCAACCCCCGGCAGAUCAGGCGUCCCCUCGGAGACAUGGAGGUGGGAGAGGAGGGCAAGGCCAUGAGCACCCCACUCCUCGAUGGGCUGCAGCCGAGUCCAGAAGUGCCAGAAGACCCUGAACCAGAAGCCGCGGUGGAAACUGAAGCUCAGAACCCACCCAGCCCUGACCCCCAGCUGCCCUCAGCACCCCUCGAGAGCCCAGGAUGUCCAGAGCUGGAUGGCACAACGGAGCCGCCCUCACAGCUGGGGCCCAUCAGCUCCUGGAGUGGCCCAGAUGAACUGGAGCUGGUGCUACAGGAUGAACAGAUGUGUGUGCGGGCUCGGAGCAGCCUGGCUGAGGGCCUGGCCUGGGGGCCUUUCCGAGGAAGCAUCCAGUACAGAGCAUCAUCUCCAGGGAAGGCAGAACCGGGCCUGGCACUCGCUCUACUGCCUGACGACCAGGCGUGCUGCUGGCUGCCAAUGCUGCCACGGGCACCCAGCGCUGCCGAGGCCAACGCGGAAAUCCACAGGAAGGAUGGAGCUCUCUGGUGCAGGCUCACCAAGCCUGUGCCCGCAGGCACCCUGCUGAGAGUGGUCCUGACGGCCGAGCCCACCCUUGCUGUGAAGGGGGAGCCAGUAGAACCCAAGGAGCCUGCACCCACACACCCUGACAUUCAGCUGCUGCCCCAGCAGGCCGGCAUGGCCUCCAUCCUCGCCACUGCAGUGGUCAACAAGGACGUCUUUCCCUGCAAGGACUGCGGCAUCUGGUACCGGAGCGAGCGGAACCUGCAGGCCCACCUCCUCUAUUACUGUGCCAGCCGCCAGGGUGCGGGAGCCCCUGCCGCAGCCUCAGAUGAGAAGCCCAAGGAUGCGUACCCCAACGAGCAUGUGUGCCCUUUCCCGCAGUGCCGCAAGAGCUGCCCCAGCGCCAGCUCCCUGGAGAUCCACAUGCGCAGCCACAGCGGAGAGCGGCCCUUCGCCUGUCUCAUCUGCCUGUCUGCCUUUACUACCAAGGCCAACUGCGAGCGACACCUGCGGGUGCACACAGACACGCUGAGCGGUGUCUGCCACAGCUGCGGCUUCAUCUCCACUACGAGGGACAUCCUCUACAGCCACCUGGUCACCAACCACAUGGUGUGUCAGCCGGGCUCCAAGGCUGAGGUCUACUCCCCGGGCCAGGGGCACCCGGUGUCCAAACUACCCCUCGACAGCCUGACCACCUUCCAGCAGCACGCGACCCUGCAAUGCACCCUGGCCUCAGCCGACCGGGACCUGGCGCCCACCCCGCCUUCGGGAGCAGACAGGAAGGCCCUGGCGGAGGUCACCAAUGGCGAGGCCUGGGCGGCCCCCCAGAACGGGGCCAGCAGCGAGACCCCGUUGGCGCCCCGGACCAUCAAGGUGGAAGCCGAGGAGCCGGAGGCAGAGCCUGGGCACCCGACCCCUUUGCGGACGCCGUCCCCACGGGUGAAGGCCGAGCUGUGCAGCCCCACGCCCGGCUCGAGUCCCGGCCCUGGCGAGCUGGGCCUGGCGGCCGGCGCGCUCUUCCUGCCGCCGUUUGUCCUGGACGCGGGCGCUGCGCCGCCAGCCUCGGAGAUCCUGGCCAAGAUGUCGGAGCUGGUACACAACCGGCUGCAGGGGGGCGCCGGGGCGCAGGCCGGGCUCUUCGCGGGGGCACCCAAGGGCGCCACGUGCUUCGAAUGCGACAUCACCUUUAACAACGUCAACAACUUCUACGUGCACAAGCGCCUGUACUGUUCGGGCCGCCGCGCGCCCGACGAGGCGCCCCCGGCCCGCCGCCCGCCACGGCCCCCCCGCGGUCCUGCCCCGCCGUCCGACGCGCCCCGUUCCUCGCCGGGGGGCAGCGGCGGCGACUUGGAGGACGGCCCCGGGGGUGCAUCCGAGGCCGAGGCUGAGACUGGGCGAGGCAGCGAGGGCAGCCCCAGCCCGGGCAGCGGGGCGGACGAGGCGGACGAGAACCCGCGCCGGACGCUGUGCGAGGCCUGCAACAUCCGCUUCAGCCGCCACGAGACCUACAUGGUGCACAAACGCUACUACUGCGCCUCGCGCCACGACCCGCCCCCGCGCCGGCCAGCGCCCGCCGGGACCCCGGGAACCCCUGCAUUGCAACCUGCAGCGCCGCCGCCGCCGCCUCUGCGCACGCGCCGGCGACGCAAGCUCUAUGAGCUGCACACGGCAGGCCACGCCCCCAUCCCGCCGGGCUCCGCCCCCAGCCUGUCAGGUUACGUCUCGGGCCCGCCGGGCUCCGCCCCCAGUCUGCCCGGACACGCCCCCGAUGCGCCUGGCCACGCCCCCGAGCCCGCCAACUCGCCGGGCCCCGCCGCUCCAGACGGCCCCAUCGACCUGAGCAAGAAGCCCCGGCGCCAGGCCCCGGAGGCACCGUUGCCCGCGCUGGCUGACUACCACGAGUGCACGGCCUGCAGCGUCAGUUUCCACAGCCUCGACGCCUACCUGGCGCAUAAGAAGUAUGCGUGCCCCGCUGCCCCGCGCCCCGAUGACGCCCCCGUCGUGUGCCCCUAUUGCCCCCCUAACGGCCUGGUCCGCGGGGACCUCGUGGAGCACCUACGCCUGGCGCAUGGGCUGCGGGUGGGCGAGGCCCGGACCUCGUCGCCCACCGUGCCCCGGGACAGUCCUCAGCCCAACCCCGGAGGCCCCGAGCGCCGGGAGCCACCGCUGGCCCCGGACAGCAACCCCCGGCCGGGCCCACCUGCGUCCCCUGCCCCGGCCCCUUCGGACAAGGGCAGCCCCCACAUGCCUGUGGCCAACGGCAGCCAGAGGUUCUGCCGCCUGUGUAACAUCAAAUUCAGCAGCCUGUCCACCUUCAUCGCACACAAGAAGUACUACUGCUCGUCCCACGCUGCUGAGCACGUGAAGUGAGCACCCUGCACAGGCUGGCUGGCCUGCGGGGACCCUUGGCACUUAAUAAAGGAGUUCAGUUUGCGGA